CCACGAACCUGCGAAAAUGGCAGCGAGGAACAAGCGACGUGCCGCUGGCGUGGACGAGCCCGCCCCACGCCGCCUCGCCUGAGGCUCCGCCGACCAAGAGGAGCCCCGUUCGCGGCUUUACUUUGGCUUACCUGCGCUCGUACGGUGGCGGGAGGAUCUCCUGACUAAGCCUGUUAGCUUGCUUGCUGGCUAGCUGGUGGCUAACGCCUCGUCGCGGCGUGGAAAGCCCCCCGACGCCGCCGCUGCCGCUUCGGACGACAACCAGGCUGGGUAUAUUAUCAGCCACCGGAGGGUUUAACCACUGGACGCGGAUAUAUUUUUCAAAUUGCCACUGUUUAUUUUUUCCGCUGUUUUUUUUAGUUUGUAUUUUUUCUUUUAUAAAAGCAGCGCCCCUCCGAGUUAGCCGCUAGUGUCACGUAAGCUAAGCAGCCAACCCAGCCUCUUCGUCACCGUCAAGGUGGACGCUGUCACCUGCACGACCUACCCGAAAGUGGCGGGGUCGGACGGAGGUUCCCUAACCCGAUGCCGAGAGCCAGAAAAGGCUCCGCUUCGGAGGAGAGAAGAACCGAGAUAAAUAAAUAGGACUGCACUUUUGUGCCAGUUUUUUUUUCCGCGUUUUGUUCCAGUUUCAAUUGAGCGCCGGGAUUCGUUAAAAACAACGACAACAAGAAAAGAUGAAGAAGUUUUCCAGAAUGCCAAAGUCUGAGAGCUGCGGCGGGGGCCCCGGGGGAGCCUCCGGAUCCGGCUCCGGGCUCAGCAGCUACUUCGGCAAAGUGUUCGCCGUCGGCCGGUAUCAAGUCACUGUGGAGGAGCUGGUUGCCGAGGGAGGCUUCUCGGUGGUUUUCCUGGCCCGUACGCACAGCGGCAUCCGCUGCGCCCUCAAGCGCAUGUACGUCAACAACGUGCCCGACCUCAACGUCCACAAGCGGGAGAUUACCAUCAUGAAGGAGCUGUCGGGCCACAAAAACAUUGUGGGCUACCUGGACUCUGCUGUCAACACCGUAUCAGACAGCGUGUGGGAGGUCCUCAUCCUCAUGGAGUACUGCAAAGCGGGCCAGGUGGUGAAGCAGAUGAACCAGCGUCUGAACGUGGGCUUCACCGAGGCCGAGGUGCUGCACAUCUUCUGCGACACGUGCGAGGCGGUGGCGCGGCUGCACCAGUGCAAGACGCCCGUCAUCCACCGGGACCUCAAGGUGGAGAACAUCUUGCUGAAUGACCAGGGCAGCUACGUGCUGUGUGACUUUGGCAGCGCCACCCACAAAGUUCUGCAGCCGCACAAAGAUGGCGUGACCGCUGUGGAGGACGAGAUAAAAAAGUACACGACACUGUCGUACCGGGCGCCGGAGAUGAUUAACUUGUACGCGGGGAAGGCCAUCACCACUAAGGCUGAUAUAUGGGCGCUGGGAUGCUUGUUGUACAAGCUGUGUUUCUUCUCUCUUCCAUUCGGCGAGAGUCAAGUUGCCAUAUGCGACGGAACCUUUAUCGUUCCCGACAACUCCAAGUUCUCCCUCAAGUUGCACUGCUUAAUCCGAUAUAUGCUCGAACCAGACCAGGAGAAGAGACCCGACAUAUACCAAGUGUCCUACUUUGCCUUUAAAUUUGCAAGAAGGGACUGUCCUGUGCCAAAUAUCUUUAAUUCUCCCAUCCCCACGUCCUUACCGGAGCCUCUCACGGCCAGCGAAGUGGCCGCCAAGAAGAGUAUGACAAAAGCAAGAAUACGAGACUCGGUGGGCCCGACAGAGACCUCCAUCGCCCCCCGACAGAGGCCCAAGGCGGCCAACAGUAACGUCCUGCCGCUGGCCACCGUCACGCCCGGCAAGAUGAGCGCGGGGCCUUCUGCGCCUGUCAGCAACGGUCAGAAAGCUCCCACUCCCGGUUCAGGACAGCCUUGCGUGCAGCCGCAGCCUGGCAGUCAGCAGCACCGAGUGCUACAGCAGCUGCAGCCGGGUGACCUGCGGCUUCAGCAGCUCCACCACCAACAACAACAACAACAACAACAAGCUCUACAGCAGCAACACAUCAACGCGCAGCAGCUCCAAUACCUCCAGUACCAACAGGCUCUGCAGCAGUCAAUACAGCAGCAGGCUUUACUGCAGCAACAGCAGCAAAUGAUGAUGCAGCAGCAGCAGCCCAUGUAUCAUCAGCAGAGAGGCGCUCACGCCGCUCAGGCCCAGUACGCCGCCAUGCUGCAGCAGUACCAACAGGCUUUCGUUCAACAACAUCAUCAUCAUCAUCAUCUCCCCACCUACAUGUCCUCGCCGCUGGAGUUCCAGGCGCAUCCGGGCUCCUACAACGCCACCACGCCCGCCGCCGGGACGCCUUCGCCUGCGGAUUCGUCCUACUCCAAUCCCAGAACGCCCAUGCUGGCCUCGGACGGCGCCAGCCCUCCCUCCCAGAGCGCCAGCCAUCCUCCGGACAUGUCGCGCUGGAACCCGUUCGGCGAGGACAACUUCUCCAAGCUGACCGAGGAGGAGCUGAUCGACCGCGAGUUUGAUCUGCUCCGAGCAAACAAACCUGUGGAGAGAACGGCCAGCGUGGAGGCCGACCAACCCCCGCCCGCCUCCGGCAAGCCCCUCCCGGCCGAGGACCUGUUUGGCUCGGUGCCGUUUGUGGCCAACGCAGGUUCCGACAUGACGGCGAGCGAUCCGACGACACCCGAAGGCAUCGUUCCGCUCUCUGCUUCGCUGGACGAUCGGUUGCCGCCGACGACGGCCAAAGACCACAAGUCCACCAGGAGGGGCGACGACUCGGACAGCGACUUCGAGUCCGACCCACCUUCGCCGAAAAGCAGCGAGGAGGAAGAGGAAGAAGAGCCCGACGAGCCCGAGGAGGACGAAGGCCCGAUCAGCGAACCCGGCGAGGACACCGAGCCCGAGAAUCUGGGUCAACGACCGCUCUUGAUGGAGUCCGAAGAAGACGGCGAGGACGACGACAAGCGGAGCUUGGACUCCGAGGACAAGGCGAAAAAUCUCUCCAAGAAGCAAGUCGCCACCGGGCGGAGGCAUCAAGGCCGGUCCGAUCCAGUUCCGGUGGACCCUCGGUGCCCGCUCGCCCCGGUGGACAUCUUCGGUGCCGUUCCCUUCCUUGCCGGAGACCCCGUCGUGGGAGAUAUCUUCGCCAAAGCGCCUUUUCGGCAGGUCAGCCCCCAACAGGCGCUGGCCGAGGAUUUUGACGUCUUCACCAAAGCGCCGUUCAGCCGGAACCUCUCCAAGAACGCCAGCGGCCAGACGCCGCCCGUUUCCCCCGCCGAGGACGUGGACAUCUUCGGCUUCGGCCCCUUCCAACCGGGCGCCCCGUUUCCGACCACGUCCAGGAGCGCCGAGGACAUUUUUCUCCAGUCCGCGGAGGACUCGCCACGGCAACAGAGGUUGAAACAGCGCAGCCUCCAGAAGCUGUCGUCGCGCCAGAGGAAAACCAAGCAGGACGCCGCCGGGACGGGUGGCGGCAAGCGGCACCACGGGACCCCCACGGGCGGGAGGAAAAGCGCCAAACCCGCUUUCCGUACCCCGGAGCGUGUCCGCAGACCCAAGAAAGUGGGACGGCGGGACUCGCAGAGCAGCAACGAGUUCCUCAGCGAUUCGAAAGAGAACAUCAGCGUGGACGUCACCAUUGCGGAAAGGAAGGACAACGGCGCCCAAAUCCAAAAGGACGACAUUCUGGACCCCUUCGGGGCCAAACCUUUCCACCCGCAGGACGGAGGGCGCAACGGAGGCGGCUACCCGGGGGGCCUCCCCGAAAGCAAGAGCGACCUGGGCACCUCCUGGGCGGCGGCUCUUCACGGGGAUUGCGACGCCACGGACGAUUUUGGGGCGGUGCCUUUCACGGAAGUGGUGGUCCCCGGCGGACCUCGGCAGCAGCCGGUCGAACUGGACCCGUUUGGUGCCGCGCCGUUUCCAUCCAAGCAGUGACUCGGACGUCUUCGCUUUCUGACCGCUUGCUGUUACGUCGCCCGGAAGAGUCCGUGGAACAGACGGCGCCUGACUUUUUGAGACCACUUCAAUCCCGAAGUCCCCCGAAGCUGUUUUUUAGGCCGCGGCGUGAUGAGAGAGAAACCUUGGCAAUCCAACAAACUGAUUUCGAAUGCGCCACCACUUACAACGGCACCGCAUCACUGAGUGCAUAAA